AUGGAGAGACGCAAACCCGGAGCGCUGCUGAGCUUGCCCUACCACCUCCGCCCCGCGGCGCUGGGGAUGCCCGGGGGAACGCUGUCGCGCCUGCCGCGGCGGGACCCCUGCAGGGGCUCCUCCUGGCGCCUGGACGCUGCGGCCGGGGCCGCCCCGCGGCGGCCUUACCUGCCGCUGCCGCUGGAGGGCGCCUUCGAGCCCGCCUUCCUCCGCAAGCGCAACGAGCGCGAGCGGCAGCGGGUGCGCUGCGUCAACGAGGGCUACGCGCGCCUGCGGGAGCACCUGCCCCGGGAGCUGGCGGAGCGGCGGCUCAGCAAGGUGGAGACGCUGCGCGCAGCCAUCGGCUACAUCAAGCACCUGCAGGAGCUGCUGGACGGCGCCGGCCCGCCGUGCCGGGCCGAGUGCAACAGCGACGGCGAGUCCAAGACCUCCUCUGCGCCUUCGCCCUGCAGCGAGGCCGAGGAGGGGGGCGUCUAG